AAGCCGCCCUGGGAAUGAGCCUUCUUUGCCUUCAGAUUUAAUUUGUUUGGACGUUAAUUACAUCGGGCGAAAGUGCGUAUGCGGGCUGGCAGCCCUCCGCAGAGCCGCGGGCAAGGCGCGGCGAGCGCUCUGCCUGUCGCCGCUCCACCUAGUGGCCUCAUCCAUUUGGCGCCGGCGGCCCAGUUUAAGGGCAGGGAGUAGUGUCGCCUUUAGGGGUCGCAAAGUGUGGGGGCCCCAUGGCCCCGCCGGGAGGAAGCCCUCGGCUGGUGCUGCUGUUCAGCGGGAAGAGGAAAUCCGGGAAGGACUUCGUGACCGAGGCGCUGCAGAGCAGACUUGGAGCUGACGUCUGUGCUGUCCUCCGGCUCUCCAGUCCACUCAAGGAGCAGUAUGCUCAGGGGACGCCAUUGAGGCUGAGAGGCUGGGGCGUAGACAUAAUAUGCCUUGGGCAGGAGCACAGCCUGGACUUCCAGAGACUCCUGGAUGCCAGCACCUACAAGGAGGCCUACCGGAGGGACAUGAUCCUUUGGGGCGAGAAGAAGCGCCAGGCUGACCCUGGCUUCUUCUGCAGGAAGAUUGUGGAGGGCGUCUCGCAGCCGGUCUGGCUGGUGAGUGACACACGGAGGAUGUCUGAUAUCCAGUGGUUCCGGGAAGCCUAUGGGGCUGUGACGCAGACAGUCCGCGUGGUGGCCUUGGAGCAAAGCCGACAGCAGCGGGGCUGGGUGUUCACACCAGGAGUGGACGAUGGUGAGUCAGAAUGUGGCCUGGACAACUUUGGGGACUUCGAUUGGGUCAUCGAGAACCAUGGAGAUGAGCAGCGCCUGGAGGAGCAGUUGGAGAACCUGGUAGAAUUUGUCCACUCCAGACUUUAGUUGUCAGGUUCUAGGAGCACCAGAAGCUGCUGGGAUCACCUGUUCCUGAUACUAGUUCCCUGGCUUUUCCAGUUAACCAGGUCUGAAAGUUUGGCAGUCAUCGUGGACUCCAUCAUCACAAUCACAAUGGACACAGCUAUCACCCUCAAAAGCUUCUCAUGUUUCCCUUUCUCUCACCUCUCCCUAACCCCUCACCCUUGUCCACAGGCAACCCCUGAUCUGCUUUCUGUCUCUGAAGAUUUUCAUUUUCAAUAAUUUUACAUAAGUGAAUCAUAUAGUAUAUAUUAUUUUGGGGGGUCUUAUUUCUUUCACUUAGCAUAAUUAUUUUGAGAUCCAUCCACAUUAUAUCAAGUAUUAGUAGUUUAUUUUUUUAUUGUGGUGUGGGGUAUGAAUAUUGCACAACUGUUUAUCCAUUCACCUGUUGAUGAACAUUUGGGUUGUUUCCAGUGUUUGGAUAUGACAAAUAAAGCAACUAUGAACAUGCAUGUACAA